AUGUUCGCGUGGGACUCACUCCUGGUCGUAACCCUUCUUAUCCUGGGUGGUAUUCUGUUUUGUGUUUUCCUCGCGUGGCAGUGGAAUCUCCCUCUCUAUCGAAGAAAUUCAACCAGAGAAUCGGUGUUUCCGAGGGACUUUUCUAAGCAUCACGUGCUGAUGAUAUGGCUGCUCACCGGUGUGUUCAUGAUGAUGCUUGUGCUAGAGCUACCUAGUCGAUUUCGAAUCAUCAACGGAAGCACUGGCUUGGAUGCUGGGGUUCGCGUUUUGCCCUUGACUCUGAAGAUCGCGUUUGGCUCCGGCUUGACUGGAGGAUUGACAGCCCGGCACAAGUUACCCAGGCGCACUCUACGGGGUCCAGAUCUUGGCUGGAAUGGGCAUCGGGCUAGGUCUCACUACCCUACUCGCCGUUAUCCCCUCGGUAGUCGAUGGAACGAGGAGUCCAGUGUUGACCGUUGCUCCAGGUGUGGUCACAUAAUCACGGAUAUUGGGCGGGGCAUUAGGUGUCUCUAUGGCUACAAACUUGUUGUUGAAUCAUACGCUCCGGAGCAGACUACCGAAUGA